AUGAGGACCAGAUCGUCCCUCCGCCACCCAAAAACCCCCUCCGCCGCCGCCGCUGCUCUGCCUCCACCUCCCCCCGAGAGCAAUCCCUCGGACUGCGCAAACGGGAUCGCCAGAAUCGCAGUCGCGCAGGUCUGCCAAUCGGUCGGUUUCAAGUCGGCGGAGGGCCCGGCCCUCGAAACCCUAACCCGCGUGGCUGGUCUUUACCUCAAAACCCUAGCCAAGGCGGCGGCGUCCUACUCCGGCGACAGCAAUCGCACCGAAUCGAAUGCCUUCGACGUCGUCAACGCCCUCCACGAGCUCGAAUCGGCGCAGGGAUUCGCCGGGGCGUCCGAUCCACGCGGCUGCUGUCUGGUGAGAUCGAGCGUGGUGAAAGACGCGCAGCGUUUCUUGAAUACUAUCGACGAGAUCCCCUUUGCGAAGCCGAUUCCGAGGGCGGACGGUUCGGGAUCGUCUCCGGCGCCGCCGUGCUCGGGUGCCCGGCCGAGGGGGAAGCACAUUCCGGACUGGUUGCCGGAUUUCCCCGAGGAGAGCACGUAUAGGGAGGAGGGAUGUGAGGGAAUCGUAGAGGGUAGGGAUGUGGAGUUGGCGUUGUGGGAGAGAACAAUUUCCUGCGGAGGAGAAGGAGAAGGAGUGGGAGCUGGUGGGAAAACUGGAGAAGGGAGUGGAGGGGAGUUGAGAAGGGAGAGGGAAAGAGUGAAGUUCCAGAUAUGCAAAAGGGAAGAAGCUACCCUCAUCGCGAAGAAGAGAAGAACAAUGGGACGGUGA